AUAUACGUAUACCACAAUCAAUUUUCAAUCGAAUUAGUUUGAUUUGUAAUCUUUAUAAACGUACAUUAACAAAAUCAACAACGGCAGCAUCGGCAACGACACAAUCUGUCUGAAGAGAAUUGCAUAAAAAAUAUUUAGAAUUUCCUAUUCCGAUACAUAGUUAAGUGUAUUAUUAAUGGCGUCACGAGUUGAUUAUAAGAAAAAACUAAUGGAUUAUAGAAAAUCCAUUGGAACCACAACUCCUAAAACUGUGGCAUUUAAAGAGCAAACUUCGCAACCAGAAGAAGAUACUUCCUACAAUUAUCCACAUCUGCAGCGAUAUCAACAAUUCUUAGCAAUAUCUCCGGAAAAAGAAUCGAUUGAUGAAAAUAGAAAAAGUGCUUCGAGAGAGCCAACUAAUUUAAAAGUACCAUCGCCGCAGCCAUCAGUAGAUAUAUUGCCAACACCUGGAUUUAUAAGGGAAAGCAGUUUUCUGUCUGAACCCAUUGGCCGUUACUCUAACUGGAAUAGUCAUCAUGCCUUGUUGGCCUCUCAGCCCUGGUGCUGUAUUGGUGAUUUAAUGGCGUUUUGUGAUAAAUACGAAUUUAAAGCCAUCAGUGUAACCGAUGUACAAUCACAUGCCAAUAUUGUGAGUGAAGUUCGAGCAUUACUUAGUGGGAAAGCACCAUUCGAUAUGCGUCGACGUUUUCCAGGAAACAUUCGAAACGAAGAAAAUCUGUUGGUAUGCAUUGGUCGUUGUCCCAGUAUCGAAUAUCAUUUGGAACGAAUAUUGACAGCAUUUCGUCGGCCAUUAAAUAAACUUUCGACAGAGAAACAAAAUGUCGCAAAACAAAAUUUCCACUUAGCCAUUCGGGAAUUACAUCUCGAUAUAUCGGCGCGUAUAUCAGAAAUUCGUCUGUAUGAUCGAAUGGUAUUCGAAAAGGAAUUUCAUUUAAAGUGGCAGGACAGUUUGGAAUAGAAUGUGGAAAAUUUAAUGCCUUUUUUUGCAUGAAUUAUCAUAAAACAAAAUAAUAUAAAAAGUAAUGUUUAUGUAAAUACAAAUAAAAAACUACAAGAAAAAAAAUUUUAAAUA